CUGGACCCUUUCUAUGCCUCCAUCAUCCUGUUUGUGGGGCGAGCCUGGGAUGCCAUCACAGACCCCGUGGUGGGCUUCUUCAUCACCAAAACAUCAUGGACCCGCUUUGGCCGCCUGAUGCCCUGGAUCAUCUUCUCCACCCCGUUUGCCGUCAUCUCCUACUUUCUCAUCUGGUUUGUGCCGGACAUCUCUAGCGGCCAAGUGAUGUGGUACCUCACCUUCUACUGCAUCUUCCAGACCCUCGUGACGUGCUUCCACGUGCCCUACUCGGCGCUGACCAUGUUCAUCAGCAGGGAGCAGAGCGAGCGGGACUCGGCCACCGCCUACCGUAUGACAGUGGAAGUGCUGGGCACUGUGCUGGGCACCGCCAUCCAGGGCCAGAUUGUAGGCAAGGUGAUCACUCCCUGCAUCGAGAGCCCCCUCUUCAUCGGGAAGACCAACUCCUCGGUGGCCAUGGAGGAGCUAAACAUGACCCACGACACCGGGUCGCUCACGGACACAAGAAAUGCCUACAUGAUCGCUGCAGGGGUCAUCGGGGGACUCUACAUCCUCUGUGCCGUGAUCCUGUCGGUGGGCGUGCGGGAGAAGAGAGAGUCCUCUGAGCUCCAGUCGGACGAGCCUGUCUCCUUCUUCCAGGGGCUGAAGCUGGUGAUGAACCAUGGCGCCUACAUCAAGCUCAUUGUCGGCUUCCUCUUCACCUCGCUGGCCUUCAUGCUGCUGGAGGGCAACUUCGCCCUCUUCUGCACCUACACCCUGGGCUUCCGCAACGAGUUCCAGAACAUCCUCCUGGCCAUCAUGCUCUCGGCCACCUUGACCAUUCCCCUCUGGCAAUGGUUCCUUACUCACUUUGGGAAGAAGACUGCUGUCUACGUGGGCAUCUCGUCUGCCAUCCCCUUCCUCAUCGUGGUCGCUGUCCGCGACAGUAACCUCAUCAUCACCUACAUCGUGGCCGUUGCAGCUGGGAUCAGCGUCGCAGCCGCCUUCCUCCUGCCCUGGUCCAUGCUUCCGGAUGUCAUAGAUGACUUCAAGCUGCAGCACCCUGACUCCCAUGGCCAUGAAGCCAUCUUCUUCUCCUUCUAUGUCUUCUUCACCAAGUUCACCUCUGGGGUCUCCUUGGGCAUCUCCACACUCAGCUUAGACUUUGCAGGGUACCAGACCCGGGGCUGCUCCCAGCCCAGCGAGGUGAACUUCACCCUGAAGAUGCUGGUGUCGGCCGUGCCUGUGGGGCUGAUCCUGCUGGGCCUGCUCCUCUUCAAGCUGUACCCCAUCGACGAGGAGAAGCGGAAGAAAAACAAGAAAGCCCUUCAGGACUUAAGGGAGGAGAGCAACAGCAGCUCCGAGUCGGACAACACAGAACUGGCCAGCAUCGUGUGA